AUGGAUGCCUACAACUCGAAUCCAGCCGCCUUCUUAGGGCAUCUUCUUAUAACAAAUAAUGAAAGUUCAUUUCAUGUUAGUGUUCCAAAAACGUACGGAUUUUUAAAACUUCGAAUUUUGUUUAGACUAAUAACGUUAGCAGACAACUCAAUGAUGACCGAUUUACACAGUAACUUUAUAUCGUCUUAUUCAACAAACGAUUGUCAUGAUAUGCUUCAAGUUUUGAAUAAUGACUCGUCGUCACCACCAAAAAAAUACUUUCCAUCGACGAGUAAUCCUAAAAAUGUUAAUACACACGUAUCGUUAACAACUGAUAUCGAGAAGGAUGACCAUGGAUCUGAUUCAAUAGCGAACGCAAAUAAAAUUGAUGAAACAACAGAGGUUAAAAUCGAACUUUCAUCAUCUAGUCAAAACAUUACGUAUCCAUCAAGUCAAGAAUCAUCGUAUCCAGUGCCAUUAGCUUCGUCGCCUACAAAUCUUGUUCGAUUCAUAACGGAACAGACACUUAUGCCAUCGUUGAGUCAGAUAGAUGAUGGUGAUUUUUCGUCAUCAACAUCUGAAAACGAGUUGAAUAAUAAUAACGAGAACGACGAUGAAACCAUAAUUAAGUCUCCCGUAAAAACUGACAAUGAUCAGCUAUUGUUAAACUUUCCGUCGCCUAUCAUUAGUGAGCAACCUAUUCAAAUUUUAGCGUUAGCUGAACAAUCUAGUCAAAAUUUUGCUUCACCCAUGGAAGUGAACGAUAAUACUGCUACUGCUUCUCUUCAACAUUCAUCUCAUCAAUCUAGUCUUUCAUCAUCAUCAUCAUCAUUAUCCAUCUCACCAAUUAUCGAUCAACGCCCAUCUUCGGCACCAGCUCUUUAUUUAUCACGUCCGUCCACACCCAAAUCAUCAUUGCCAUGUUUUUUAGUAUCCCCAAAUCGAAACCUGAAUAGUGAAGAAAAGAAAUUGACAACAUCCACGGCGACUGUUGGUUCACCAAUACAUAUUGUGAAAUACUCAUCAUCACCGUCAAAAGCAUUAGUUAUUUCUGCUAAUUCUACUUCGCCAUCGAUGAGCCCGAAUAUUGUACGUAAUCCACAAAAUACGAUAAAAACAGCUACAAAUGGUAUUAAUCUAGUCAAUGUUACGCGCUUGCCAACAUCAUACGGUCAAUUAACUCCAAGUGUUGCAUUAAACACACCAUUUGUUACUGCUGCCCUCAAAUCUAGUGCAACUAAUUUAUCAUCACCAACGAAGAAAAAUAUUCCCGAAUCCUCUCCUUCAUCAAAACCAUCUGAGCAAAACACACAACCAACAUCAACCACUACGACAACAACGCUGAUCGAAUCCUCGAGUACUAUUCAAAAUACAACAAAUUUGAGCAAUAUAACAGCAAAUAAUAUAAAUGUAAAUAAUAUUAACGUCAAUAUACAUACGACCAAUUUACAACCAGUGCCAUCAUAUAAUCAAAAUCAAAAUAAUAAUUCAAAUAUAAAUAAUACGAAUACACGUUGUAACACAAACAUGAAUCGUAAACAGCGUUAUCAGCAUGCACAAAUUUCACAAUUUGACGAAAAACAAACGACCGAAAUUGUUUCACAAUUAUUGAAAAAUAUUAAAGAAGAAACAAAACGUCGUGAAGAAAGUCGAUCACAACAACAUCAACUGGAAAGUGGAGUCGGUGGUACUACUCAGCAUCAGUCAAUUAAUUUAACUGAUUCAUCAUCAUUGACAACAACAAAUUACAACAUUAAUAUUAGCAAUAUCGAUGUUGAUACAGCAACAAAUAUACAAAAGCAGUGUGCAACAACAAUGACUAGUAAUAGUGAUUCUUCAUCGGCAAAAUGGCCUCAACAGAAUAUUGCUCAUCAUUUGAACUCUGUUAUCCGCGUUCAACCGAUAGUUGAUAUGAAAACACCAGCGAACGACAGUUCUGUUAAAGCAGUCCCGUCAAAUGAUAUUUCACAAACCUCCUCAUCAAUCUUUUUUCCUUCUCCUAUAACAAAUCAACAACCACAACAAAUGACUACUAAUACUAAAAAGCGUUCAAGAUCAAAAAAGCAACAACAAGCUCCAGAAACAACAACAAAUUUAAAUGAUAUAACAAUGAAUGAUUCUAAUGGUUUCAAACGCGUUAUUAUUAAAGGCGAAAAUGAGUUAUAUACGGAACAAGUUCCAUUUUCAACUUUGCCAUCACCGAAAUUGAGUUGUCCAACUAUUGUUAAAAGUCGAACAAAUUCAACAACAACAGCACCUACCGGUCAGAAGAAUACUAAAAAUUCUAUCUUGACAAAUACACAAGUAGAUUUCAUACAUGUACCUUAUGGAUGGCGUCGUGUUGUCGCUUCUGAUUUAGUUAUUUAUUUAAGUCCAACAAAUACAGUACUUGAUUCAUACGAAUCUGUUCGGCGUUAUCUUGAAACACCGUCAACGUGUAAAUGUGGUUUACAAUGUCCUCUUGUAGUAGAAAAAGUAUUCAAUUUUAAGCCAACUGUUCAAUCAAAAUCAUGGGAAGUCACUCAGGUACUUGAAGGUACCCACUGUAGACAAAAAUCGAAUAUUCUCGAAAUGGCCACGUUAACAAAUUGUAUCGAUUCAUUUGGCGAACUUGAACAAAAGACGAUUAAGCGUCGAAAGCGACCACAUUCUGAACUCAAUACUGGUAAUGUUUUUGUUUGUUCAUCAACGGCUGAAUCGAAACCAUUUGCUAUUAAUACGACAUCAACUAUUCAAACAUGUGCAUUACAAAGCAAUCAUGAUUCAUCUUCAUCAUCGUCCUCUCUAUCUCCAUUAGCAUCCAAUACAGCAAUACCGGUAUUAUCAUCAACAAACAAUAGUGAGUUACAAUUGCAACGGUUCAUCGAUGAACAUGCGCUUUCGUGGAAUGGUACCCAGACAUUUUCUGGCUUGCCAACUAAACGUCCUCGAGGUAGGCCACGUAAAAUGGCAAAGUCAUCUGAUGUUGUCUGUAACCAAACAGGCAAACUUUCAACUGUGUCUUCAUCGUUUAAACAACAUGUUCAACAGUAUCCUUCUCUAUCAGACGUUGAUUCGAGUCAUGAAUUACCACCUGCCAUUGCUAUUCCAACCUCAACAACAUCGAUAAUACAAAAUGCGGCAAUACCGUCAUCGAUCUUAUCUCCACCAGCCUCUGUUUCAUCGUCUCAAACAGGUUUACAUCGUAACAGUACAUCUCCGUCGACAACCACGUGUUCAUCAACAAACCAAACGAUUCGUUAUUUAAAUGACAUUAGUCUAACGCCACCAUCAGUUGUUUUAAACGAUACAAAUUUUAUCACACGUCUCCCGUCACUUUUCGAUUCGGUUAAAUCAUCAACAACAAAUGAAUCGACAUAUGCUGUGUUAUCCGGCGUUCAAAAUGUUCUUUUCUCUCCUCCUGACAAAUGUGUACGCCGUGAUUCUAUAACCACAACAGCGAACUCACCAACAAAUAAUUCAAUGUCAAUCAAUACAGUCGCAUCAAAUAAACAAGUGACACUUAAUAUGAAUGCACUUAAACCCGAUUUUAUUCGUUAUCCAGCCCAGAAACCUUUAACAAAUCACAUUGAUGCAAUAUCAUUGACAGGUGCAACAAAUCAUAUCCUUUUAGGUAAUUCAUCAUCGUCAACAAUAAUAAAUUGUAAAAAUAUCGUUAGUGGUGGUAAUAUGGAUCCAAUAUCGACAACAAAUGACGAACAAAAUUUUGAUAAUUCAUUACAUCAUCAGCAAUACACUGUCGAACAACCGCAACAACAAUCUAAUUCGUUUACAGUCGAUUUUGAUCCAUCGAUAACCGAUUUUCUUUUAUCAGCAAUGGCGUCUGGUACAUCGAUUGAUUCAAAUCGCAUUGUUAAUCAUUUAUUUAAUAAAGCGCAAAAUUCAAAUAAUCGAACGUUAGGUAAUCAACCGGCAGCACAGCAAGUACAAUUAUCAAAAUUAGAUCAGACAUCGCUUGAUUCGUCAAUAAAAAAUGUUGUCAAAUCAUCGACGAGAACAGGUAAAGUAAGAAAAACAACAACAAAUACGAAAAAAUCGACAACUACAAUGAAAAAUAAUUCAGCAGUCGACACAAUGAUAUUUAAUGUACCGACAAAUUUACUAACGGAUAAUUGUACAACAAAUACUCAGUAUUGUAAGAAAAAUGUAUUCGAAGAAAACUCUUUAACAAAGAACGUUUUAAAUGAUGAUCAAACACAACAAAUAUUUCUUAUAAAUAAUAAACCGUAUGUCAUUCAACAAGUUAAUCAUGAACAACAGCAACGUUUGUCACUGGAUACACCAUCAACACUGUUAACACAAUCGACUAUGGCAGACGAUAAUGACAUGCUACAGCCGCGAUCAGAUUUGUCAAUGUCAGACAAAAACAAUUGUAAUCCUUCUUCCGCAUCAAAUAGAACGGUCAAAGAAUCAAAUACUGAUGACAGUGGUAAUUGUUAUCUGUUGAACGGUCCUGUGGAACCCAAAACUCUUCGAACAUUACUCAAAGGUUUAAACUCAUCACCACUUGGUGUCGAUAAUUUAAUCAAUACAAUAAAUCGUCUUGAGAAUGGAAAUAUCGAUAAUCCAUUGAAUGAAGAUGACUGUGGACAUAAUCUAUUAAAAUCGGUACGUACAACGAAUAAGAAUAGUCCGGUUAAAGUUACGAAUGCAAAAUCACGUCGACCGACAGCAACUGAAAAUAAAAAAUUAAAAUUAAAAACAAAUCAAACAGUGAUGGUCACAUCAUCGUUGAACGGAAAUCCAAUAACAACAGCACCAUCUCUACCAGUUGAAACAAAUAAUCAAGAUAAUUGGCAAACGCAAGUGUUGAUUCCACCAUCUUCGACUAUGGUCGAUUUUAAUUCAUUCGAUUUUAGUUUAAAUAAUUCAUCUUGGCAAAUAAACGAUAAUAAUUUAAAUAAUUUAUUAUUAAACGAUGAUUUCGAUACAACAUUUGAUGAUGUUAAUUUUGAUUUUGAACCAUUACUAGGUGAUAUAUCAACAUCAUCUAAAACUCUUUUACCAUCAUUAUUUGAUGAUAGAAUAAAACUACACGAUACGUUCGAUUUUAUUUCUUCAUCAAAAAAUAUUACGUCAACAACAGCUAAUUCAUUAUUGCUACCAAGUGUCAGUCAUUUAUUAACAAACAAUUCAUCAAUUUCUGGCACAACAACCACAACAACAACGAUAUUGUCUGCUGCUCGUCCUUAA